GCGAGCUUGUCUUUGCUGCAGAUCGAAAGCCUCCAGAAAACUUUUGAACCUGAGUUUACAUCAUGAUAAAACUCAAAGGGAUUCUUCUCUCUUUGUGCUUCUUCUUGCUCCUUGCUUCUAACGUAUUUGCAGAGACAGAUACGGAUGUGGACGUUGGGGCGGAUCCGGACGAUCAAACUGGAUUCAGAUACUGCUUCUGGCCAGUAUGUUGCUGCGAUCUACAACAGUCCAUUCUGGAGAUGCCCAAGGAUCUGAACUCCACCCAUGCAGAGCCCGACAGAUGUCCGUAUCUGUGCUGCUGCCGUGCCGAGCUGGAUGACGCAAUAGAUCCUCAUCAGAACAAGUCCAUUGUUCGAAUUCCAGCUUCUGCAUUGAUCUCUAAAGUUCCUGUGGAAGUGACUCCCAAAUUCUGCCUCGGAUGCUGUUGCAAGAAAGCUUACUAUCUGCAUUCUGAGCAUGAUAUAUAGUUCCCACGAUAGUGUAUAUGUGGGCAGUAAAUAAGACAAGCCGUGGGGCUUUCCUCUUUUGUUGUGGGAUCGAGGACGGCUUGCGGAAGUUCUGGCCAUUUCUUUCUGCCUAGUUUAACUACUAUAGUAUUGCUUGCUCUUAAUUUAUCUCUUUCAAGUCGUGAACGUUCGAAAGUCUUGUGAACGUGUCUUCUGCAGUAGCAAAUUGUGCUUGGAUCAGGUGGGGGUCUUCAUUUCGAUGACCUUGGGUUCAGAAAAUUUUGCUCACAUGUAGGCACUUGGGUCACUGGAUAUAUUAUAAUUGUCUGAUAAUAGAAUAAUACUUCAAGUGAUCCUUGAAGCAACCGAUUG